UAACUUAAACACAUUCACAAGAAAGAUUCUUUGUAUUAGGACAGUCAAGUGUCUAUAUAUAGCCUUGGACGUUUCACACCAUUUGCAAACAUCUACAACAAAUAUUUACACCUCGGGUUAUUUUUACACAAACAGACAUUUUUUAUUUCCGAUGGAGUGGACUAGGGGUCCGAUCAUCGGAAGGGGAUCCUCUGCUGCAGUCUACCUCGCAACAAAAUGUUCCGGGGACAUCUUUGCAGUGAAAUCGACGGAGCUAGCCAGCUCUAGCUUCUUGCAGAGGGAGCAGAAUUUUCUUGCGCAGAUGAACUCUCCUCAUAUAGUCAAGUACUUGGGCGUUGAUGUGAAAUUCGAAGAUGAUAAGGCCAUGUACAAUAUUUUCAUGGAGUAUUUAUCUGGCGGCACACUUUCUGAGGUGAUCAAGAAGCGAGGAGGUUCACUUGAUGAGUCUAUGAUCCGAGUUUACACGAAUCAGAUUUUACAAGGUUUGGAUUAUCUGCACUCUAAUGAUAUUGCGCAUUGCGAUAUCAAAGGCCAGAAUAUUUUGCUAGGAAAAGAUGGUGUCAAGAUUGCUGAUCUAGGCUGUGCUAGAUUGUUAAAAGAUGGAGUUGCGGCCACAUCAGCAUUUUCGGGCACGCCUGUGUUUAUGGCUCCUGAGGUUGCGCGUGGCGAAGAGCAGGGGUUUCCGGCUGAUAUAUGGUCACUGGGAUGCACAAUUAUUGAAAUGGUCACAGGAACAAACCCCUGGCCGGAGCUGGAUCAUCCACUGUCAGCGAUUCAUAAAAUUGGGUUUUCUGGUGAGGUACCAGAAUUUCCUAACCGUCUUUCGGAUAAUGGCAAAGAUUUUGUGAGCAAGUGCUUGAAGAGUAACGCUAAAGAGCGGUGGACAGCCAAACAACUGCUUAGCCAUCCAUUUCUUAAUGAGUUGUGUUUUGAUUUUGAGAAAGUGGAGAAAUUCGACAAGAAUUCUCCAACUGGUGUCCUGGAUUUAGGCUUCUGGGAUUCGGUACAAGUCUCAGAGCCUUCUGUCAAAUCAUCCCAAUUCAUUUACGCAUCAGAUCAUCUAGCAAAAGAGAGAAUCAGAGGAUUGGUUGCUUCUAAAGUCUUGCCCGAAUGGGAUAACGACGAUGAUUGGGUGACGGUUAGAAUAAUCCCCGCGGAGAACAAUGCUCAAGUUCUGCAACAGAAUUCUGAUAGUAGUACUAAUUCGAUUCAUAUGGAAUUGGUCGAUGUUAACUCUUUGAAUACAGAAGAGUCUGAAAGUUCUAUAGAUAUUCAGGAUUUUUUGCUACUAGAACCAUCUGAUGUAGGAAUGAUCGGUAAUUUCGACACUUGUCUGAGUACAGACUCGGAGUUGUCAAGUGUAUCACAAGUUUCAAAUUUUGAAAGACGAAUGAAUGAAAACAUAUUCUUGUUGAUUAUGAACGUUGUCCCAGCUGUCCACAUGCAUUUUACUUUUAGCUUUGCUGCUGUUUCUUUAAGUUUAUUGUUUUCAUGCUUAAACUUUUGUUAGGUGGUAAUAGUAAUUAGCAUUAUCUCAAUAGUGGC